GUACUGAUGUGUGUGUAACGAUGGUGCAGGCUCCAAUCCAGUACGAAGCUCUGAUGCAGAUGGACUAUUUGGACUGUGUGUUGAAUGAGUCUCUGAGACUGUACCCCGUCAUGCUGCGACUGGAGAGGGUCGCCAAGAAGACGGUGGAGAUCAACGGCAUCGUCAUCCCCAAAGACUGCAUUGUCCUGGUUCCCACGUGGACCCUCCACCGUGACCCAGAGAUCUGGUCCGACCCUGAGGAGUUCAUGCCAGAGAGGUUCAGUAAGGAGAACAAGGAGUCUAUUGAUCCGUACACGUACAUGCCAUUUGGGGCGGGGCCCAGGAACUGUAUCGGGAUGCGCUUCGCCCUGAUCAUGAUCAAACUGGCCAUGGUCGAGAUCCUCCAGAGUUUCACUUUCUCCGUCUGCGACGAGACCGAGAUCCCAUUGGAGAUGGACAAGCAGGGUUUGCUGAUGCCCAAACGACCAAUCAAACUGAGGCUGGAGUCCCGUAGCAACACCCUUAGCAAUACCACCGCCACCUCUCUGACAAGUCCAACAGCAUGACCGAAUGCAGUAGCACCCUACCCUGUUGUACCCCCUCUCUCUCUCUCUCUCUCUCUCUCUCUCCCCACACACAAAAGGGCUUUACUACAGACAGAAAUACUUCUCCGCACGCCCCCUCUCCCCACUAAUGAUCCUGAGCUGGUGUGGUUACAUGUGGUCUGCCGUUGUGAGGCCGGUUGGACGUGCUGCCAAAUUUUCUUUCUAUCUAUCUAUCUAUCUAUCUAUCAGCUACUGAAUAUUCAGUUCUUUUCCUGACCCUGCUAUAGGCUACUGAAUAUUCAGGCUGGGAUUCAAUAGGGUACUUAAUAUAAUAUGAUAAUAAGAACUGCAUUCAUGAUAAAUGUUGCAUAUGUCAGUUCAAUCGGAAAUUACCUUUAAAAUGGCACAUAGCUGACAAAGCGCUGGGAUUGAAUCCUGGUCUCAGUCUCAUGCUUGGUUUGAGUAGCACUCAGAAACCCAUUUCCACCAGAUAAAAGAGAGAUAGUAAUACUAUGGAUGCAUUAGAGGUACAUGUCUUGUUAAAGUUAUUCACCAGGAGGUAUUAAAUCCAUGGCAUGAUGUCUUGUCUGGAUCCUGCACACUACUGGCUGGUGGCUGGAAUUCUCCUAGAAUGUAGAACUCUAGCUGGUGUUCUCUAGAACUGUACUCUCAUUCUGUUCCUCUGGGUGUUCUGCUGUCCAGUCAUUCCAAAAUAGAAUCUUUACUGUCUGUUGAGAUGAUCCCUGCAGCUGCUUGGUUUUAACUUUAAUCAUCACAAACCAAUAAAAUCAUCACACUAAUGAA